AUGGCGUCCUUUGCUCGCCGAGCCAUGAGCCUAGCUCAGAUUCCUUCUGCACGUGCCCCCGCCUCUGUUUGUCAGCGUCGCGGUCUCGCCGGCGCCGCUGAUCACCAUGGAUCUACCAAGGUUGACUUCUGGAAACAGCCAACAAACCCAGGAAACUGGAAGGAGGAGCAUUUUGUACUUAUUUCGCUCUCUGGCUGGGGAAUGCUUUUCUACGGUGGAUACAAGCUCUUCACCGGCGGCAAAGGAGAGAAGCCUGCCGAGGCUGCACAAUGA